AGCUCUCAGUCAACUGUUGAGUCUGCUGAACGCAGCCAUUCAUAGAUCUCCCUCAAAAUUUCUUGUUCUCAGAAGCCAGUAAUCUGAUAAUUGAUAAAUUGCAUCAUACACUCUGUCACUCUGUUACGCCAUACUGCAAUGGUUAAAACGCAGUAAGUACCAAGUCCGAUUUCUAUUGUUACCAUCGUCAUUCCUAAGUCGAUUUGUGUUAUUUUCGUUAUCAUUCGAACGAAAUUAUGGUACGUGCCUGGUAUAUGGAUACCAGCGAUGCCGAUCAAAGAUUGGAACACCACAGGCAGCCGCCGGAAUUCGUGUCACUGGAUGAUUUAUUCAUCACAACGGGCGUCGAAUAUUUUAAGGUAAAUCAUUUAAAUUACGAGACAGACGCUACUCUGAAAGAAUUACGCAAGAAGCGGGGUUAUACAUAUGAAGAUGAAAUAACAUGCUCCAGAAAAUGUUUACAAAAUUAUGAAGAGAAGUUGAAAAACUUCUUCACUGAACAUCUUCAUACUGACGAGGAGAUACGUUUGGUUUUAGACGGAUCAGGUUAUUUCGACGUGCGAGACAAGAAUGAUCAGUGGAUCCGGAUUGAAGUAAUAGCUGGAGAUCUAAUAAUCAUACCCAGUGGAAUUUAUCAUCGUUUUACUCUGGACACAAACAAUUAUAUAAAGGCAAAGAGAUACUUUGUGGGAGAACCAGUUUGGCUACCGUACAAUAGACCAGCUGAUAACAUGGAAUGCCGCAAGCAGUAUCUCAAUCAAUUGCAGAAAGGCUUUGAAGUGCAUGUACCUUGAUAUAUAAAUCUGUAUUAUACAUAAGCUGGCAUGAAAAAAUAUCUGUACAUCUCUGUUUCAUUCAAUUAUAUGAAAUUAUUGAUUUUUAUAUUAAAUAUACAUAUAUAAGCAAAUGUAUACUAUACAAGCAUAUACUUUGUAAAUGAAUAGUGCAAAGCAGCUAAUAUAUACAAUUAUUUUUUAUCAAUUUUGCAAAUAUCUGUAAAUAAAAUUAAAAUCUAUUUUAA